CACCGUCGAUAAACUCCCUCAGUUGACCGACUUCACUUCCUCACCCCACCAAACAAACACCAAACUGAAACAAUUUCCCUCUUUAUAAACCCAUUUCCCUUCUCCUUUUCCUCUUCACUCCUAAUAAAAAAAAAUCUGAUUAAGCUAUGGCCUUAGAAGCCCUCAAUUCCCCCUCUUCUACCUUCCACCUCAAUGACAAAUCUCUUGAUCAUGACCCUUGGAUCAAACGAUCCAAGCGUUCCAAACGAUCCGGAGUCGACUCCGACGACGAAUACCUCGCCUUUUGCCUCCUUAUGCUUGCCCGCGGUAGAAUCCCAGAUUCAGAUUCUACCGCAGACGUUAAGUCAUAUUCUCCGUCUCCGUCUCCGUCUCCACCACUACCGCCAGUAUUGAAAUUGGCUUAUACUUGUACUGUUUGUAGUAAAGCCUUUUCUUCCUACCAAGCCCUUGGUGGUCAUAAGGCCAGUCAUCGGAAAUCCGACGGCAGCAGCGGUGGCGGCGGAGGAGAGAACGUCUCGGCGGUGAUUUCUACCACCGUGUCUAGUUCUUCUGUUGGCGGCGGUAGGACCCACCAAUGUUCUAUUUGUCUGAAGUGUUUUCCUACGGGUCAGGCUCUUGGUGGUCACAAGCGACGGCACUACGAUGGCGGUAGUGGUAAUAACAGCAAUAGCGCCACCGCUGCCGGUUCCGACGGUAACGGUUCCAGUCUUACGCAGACCCAUCUCCGAAACUUUGACCUGAACGUCCCUGCCUCGCCGGAGUUGUGGCUUUCUGCCGGCGACCGACAGCAAAAAAGUCAAAGUCAAAACCAAAGCCAAUACUCCGCUGAGCAAGAAGUGGAGAGCCCUCAUCCGUUGAAGAAACCGAGGCUUUUGCUUCCGAUGGAAUGAUUCCGAUUCCGGCGACCCCAAAUUCCUUUUUCUUCUCGAUUAUUUUUGGUUUGAUUUAUAAUUGAAGAUUAAUUUGAUACUGUGGCUGUACAGAGAUCAGAAUAGUCUUUUUUUUUUUUUUUUUGUUAAAUGUAUUUUGAAAUUUUUAAUUACUGAAGAGAUAAGAUUAUUUUAUUUAUUUUCAACUUAGAGUAAAUUCAAUUAUCUUCUGAAAAGGAUGGAAAAUGAGUUUAACUCUUAAUUGACAUGAUGUUCUUCGAA